AUGCCAGCAGCAAACUGGACCACCAAUGAACAGUACAUUUGGCUUCAAGAUCAGAUGGUGAUAUAUAUGGUCCAUGUGAAAGAAAAGGACUAUUCACAUUUCUGGCCUCCAUGCCAUCUAGCCUGGUUCGCACAAUUCCCAGAAUGUGCAGUUGUCUAUCCUGAUAUCCCCAUGGAUGUUGAGCUUACUCCCAAGCAGAAAAUUAUUGUCAAGGAUGCAGAGGAUGCAUGUGAGGCAAAGAACUGCAGCCUAAAGAAGAAAUUGACAGUCUUUGAUGAUACUCUGCAGUCAAAAAGAUGUGCAAAGUCAGAGGCCAAGAUUUAUUCAGAGAUGUAUCAUGACAAACAUAUCAAGCCUUUGGUGAUGGCUGAGGAAGAUGCUGGAAAUGUGGCAACUUCUGGCAAGCACGUGACCCUUGGUCAAAAAUUCUCAAGAAAGUUACUCGAAGAUGAGACUGAGGACAUCAAGGUGGAGGUUUGUGAAAAGUAUAAGGAACAACUCACUCACAAGAAGGGUGCCAAUCAUGGGAAGAACAUUCUUGAUGAUGAUAAUGACAAAGAGUUAGAUGCAGAAGCAAUCAUGUGGUACAUUUGA